AUGGCGUCCGAUAUUCCCAAGGUCGUCCCUCUCACCUGUCACGGGCAUUCCCGUCCCGUCACUCACUUGAGCUUCUCCCCCACUGUCGAGGAUGACCAGUACUAUCUAAUCUCAGCCUGCAAAGAUAACAACCCCAUGCUUCGCGAUGGAAUCACCGGUGACUGGAUUGGCACAUUCCUCGGCCACAAAGGCGCUGUCUGGCAAGCCCGGCUCUCAGCCGACGCCGCAAUCGCAGCCACAGCAGCCGCAGAUUUCUCCGCCAAGGUAUGGGACACCUAUACCGGCGAAUGCCUGCACACCCUGACGCACGCACACAUCGUGCGCGCAAUCGCCUUCCCCAUCCAGGCAAACCCGCAAGUCCUCGCCACCGGCGGCGCAGAGAAGAAACUCCGUAUCUUCGAUCUGACCCGUGGCGGCGGCACCAGUAGCAACGGCUCGUCUCCCCCACUGCCAACACCCAGCAGCAACGGGAGUCCCGUCCAGGCUGGUACGGAUGUAACUAGCUACGAGAUCGGACCCGGUGUGCACGGUGGCACGAUUAAGUCUAUUGUUUGGAACCAGGACUACAAUAUCGUGACCACAGCUGCUGAAGACCGCAAGAUCCGUUGGUGGGAUCUGCGUUCGCGGCAUCCUGUUAAGGAGUAUGCUGUUGAUGGUGCGAUUGGGUCGUGCGAGUUGAAUAGUCUUGCCGUGCGGCCUAAUGAUGCGGGAAUUUUGACUGUGGCCGCUGGUAAGAGUGUGUAUCUGUUCGAUGGCGUGCAGCCGGGCCGGCUCUUGAAGAAGACCGAUUUCAGAUACGAGGUUGCCAGUGCAGCGGUUAACAGCGACUCGGGCCGUUUGGUCACCGGUAGUGCGGAGGAUACAUGGGCGCGUGUCUAUGACCUGCACUCGGACGAGGAGUUGGACGUCCAAAAGGGCCACCACGGACCUAUCUGGUCUAUCAGCUUUUCACCCGAUGGAAAGCUGUACGGCACCGGUAGCGAGGACGGCACUGUCAAGUUGUGGAAGGCGUGCCGGGAGCCGUACGGAUUGUGGCGCUGA